AUGGAGCGACUCAAUAGCCAGGACACAGCGCAGAUGCUGUACUAUCCGGAUGACGCACACAUCCGGGGCAUCAACAAUGCCGCGCUGGCGAUGGCGACCUUCCAGCAGAAGCCGAAGCUGUGGAGCAAAAACAUGUUCAAGGUACCUCUCCUUGCUUCGCUUUAUUGUCAAGAGACUAAGGAUCAGUUGUACUGGUGCAUUGCCGUCGCGACGCUCAACUCGUGUAUCAACGGGUACGACGGCUCGCUCAUGGGCUCGAUCAACAGCUACAAGCAGUACCGCGAGUACUUUGGCUUCGAUCCGGAAGCGGGCACGCCCUCGACGGGGAUCGUGUAUGCCAUCUACACCAUCGGGAACAUCGUCGGAUCGUUCUGCGCGGGCCCGUUCACCGAUUUCAAGGGAAGACGCGUCGGCAUGGCCCUGGGCGCCUUCUUCAUCAUCAUCGGCACCAUCGUCCAAGCAACCUGCACCAACCUCGGCGGCUUCAUGGCCGGCCGCUUCAUCCUGGGCUUCGGGGUCGCCACGUCCGCCACCGCCGGACCAGCCUAUGUCUCCGAGAUGGCGCACCCGUCCUGGCGCGGCUCCCUGACGGGGCUGUACAACGUGCUGUGGUUCGCCGGCGGGAUCCCGGGGACGUUCAUCCCCUGGCGCACGAGCAUGAUCGAGGGGACGAUGAGCUGGCGGAUCCCCGUGUGGGUGCAGAUGGUGUUUGCGGGCUUGGUGCUGAUGCUGUGCUGGACCAUUCCUGAGAGUCCCCGCUGGCUCGUAUCGCGCGACAAGCACGAGGAAGCCAUCCGCGUGCUGGCGACGUACCACGGCGACGGGGACCGCACCGCCCCGCUGGUGCAGCUCGAGUACCGCGAGAUGGUCGAGGAUAUCUCCAACACGGGCGCCGACAAGCGCUGGUGGGAUUACCGCGAGCUGUUCAACUCGCGCGAGACGCGCUACCGCUCCAUGCUGGUCAUGUUCAUGGCCUUCUUCGGCCAAUGGUCCGGCAACGGCCCCGUCUCGUACUACUACCCGCAGAUGCUCGCGGGCGCAGGCAUCACCUCCAACGCGACGCAGCUGCUCCUGCAAGGCCUGCAGAACGUGUGCCAGUUCCUCGGGGCCAUCGUCGGCGCCCUGCUGACGGACCGCAUCGGCCGGCGCGUGCAGCUCCUCACCUCCACCGCGCUGCUGGUCCUCAUCUUCAGCAUCGUGACGGCGCUCAACGCCACCAACGUGCUCGAGACGCCCGCCGGCGCCGUCGCGAAGAGCCCGCUCGUCGCGCGCGCCCAGAUCGCCAUGAUCUUCGUCUUCGGGUUCGUGUACUCGGCCGGCUGGACGCCCAACCAGGCCAUGUACCCGGUCGAGUGUCUGCGGUACGAGUCGCGGGCGAAGGGGAUGGGGAUGAACAACUUCUUCGUGAAUGUGGCGAGUUUCUACAAUACAUUUGUGACGGGGAUUGCGUUUACGGGCGCCGGGUGGCGGUAUUACUUCCUGUUCAUCUUCUGGGACGUGCUGGAGUUUGCGGUCAUCUGGUUCUUCUUUGUGGAGACGUCGCGCCGCACGCUCGAGGAGCUGACGGCCAUCUUUCAGGCGAAGAAUCCGGUCCAGGCGUCGCUGGUCCGGGAGGAGGUGUUGAUUCCCGAGGUGGCUCAGGAGGUCGAGAUGAGGCGGAAGGACUAUUUUGGGAGGAGAUAUGAUUAUUGA